CGGGGUACAAGAAUGGCUGCCUUGCCUGAAUAAAAAGGAUAAUAUCAAUAAAGAUUUUGUGCCUGAGGUGGGAAAAUAUGUUUUUUGGAGGAUUAACAUAUCUUUCAAGUUGUAGGUUUGUUUAAAAAAAAAGUUUGUUCUUAAUGAAAAAUUUGAAAAAUGCAAAGUGGAAAUGGCACCCGUUUCGUAGAAUGACUCAAUAGCAUGUUGCCAACGCAGGGCCUAGUAACGUGCAAAAAGAGUCACUAAAUUAUUAUUUUAUUUUAUUUAUUUAUUUAUUUAUUUAUUUAUUUAUUUUUUUUAGUAGCAUAAAUGAAUUCAAAAGAUUCUAGUCACUGGGUCGAAUCAAAAUCACGUCUACAAUUUAAUUAAGAACAACUGCGUAAUUGAAUAGAUAACCUUAAAAUGCCCCUAAAUGUACAUUCCCACUUCCUGCUUUGCUUGUAUGCAGGUUCUUUUGGCUACGACGAUGCCAGACCGUAAACUUAUAGGGACUAUUGUUAUAUUAAGUAUAUGCGUUACAGCCGCCAUUCGUAAUUUAAAGGAAGGUCCGAUGAUAGGGCCAGAUUCUAGACAGUACAAAGUCGCAUCUUUACCGAUUGAGGAUCACAGAGAUGAUAAUACAGACGUGCCGUCUAGCAGAGUUGCACCUGUGCAGGUGCUUUGCACUGAGCGAAGCAUGAUUGUGCUAAUCAGAGCGGACCUUCACUCCAACGGCCGUCAUGUCACUGCUGAAGAGUUUAGCCUCGGCUGGUCAACCGAGAGCUGCAAAGCCUUUCAGUACAGUGAUACUGAAUAUGUGAUUAAAGCAGAUUUGCACCAGUGUGGCUCUGAAUUAAAGACUGAUGGAGAUCAUUUGGUUUAUUCAAACCAACUGAUCUACACUCCUAUGCAGAACAGCUUCGGUAUUGUUAGGACAAGUGCCGCUUCUAUUCCUGUUGAAUGUAACUACAAAAGGACCCACUUUGUAAGCAGUAUUGAUGUGAAGCCUUCCUGGGAGCCAUUUACAUCUACCAUAACAGCUGUGGAAUUGAUUGGGUUUUCCUUUUAUCUUAUGAAUGAUGAUUGGAGGACUAAAAGGUUGUCCUAUGUGUACCACCUUGGGGAAGUGAUGAAUAUCCAGGCUUCUUUCUUGAUGGCUGAGCAUGCUCCCUUCAGAUUAGUAAUGGACAGUUGUGUGGUCACUCUGGAGCCUAAUGCCGCAUCACUGCCCCACUACGUGUUCAUUCAGAACCAUGGAUGUCUUGUUGACUCUAAAGUGCCAGACUCCAGUGCCCGUUUCAUGCCCAGAAAACAAAAUCAUGUGCUUCAGAUGCAGAUGGAUGCUUUCCGUUUCCAUGAAGACCACCGGAAUGCUAUCUAUAUUACAUGCCAGCUGAAGAUUGUUGAUAUGGAGUUGAAUAUCAUGAACAAGGCCUGUACCUAUUCUGGAAACAGGUGGAUCAGUGUGGAUGGUAAGGAUGAGCUUUGUGAAUGCUGUAAGAAUACUUGUGAUGUCAUCAAGCAGAAACAUAUUGGCAAGUGGAGUAGACUACCAAAAAGUUCAGUCAGUAGAGAUAAAACAGAGUCCAACAUGGUGCUGCUUGGUCCCAUAACAGUUCUUGGCUAAAUUCUUUGCAAAUCAUCAAAAAUAAAAAUGAUUAUCAGUCUUUCUUGCAUUGUUUUUAUAUGAUUUAACCACUUAAUUUGAAGGGCUCUCUCAUCUGUUUAUAAUUUGGGCUGGUCUGGAUGCUCAAAUCAAACAAACAAAAACAGAGCAAUGUUUUCAUGCUGCCACAGAAAUGGAGCUGCUAAUAUAAAUAUUUCUAAACUGGUUUCCCAAACAGUUCCAUCUUCCAUUGUUUAGAAAAACAUGUAAUUCUGCUCCAGACUUACACCUUCAGCAGAGUAGAGACUCCAAGUUUUCUGAUUUGUUUGUUACUUUGGGACAUCUGUUUCAGUGAUAUGUUAUAGGUGGUGUUACAGUAGCUUUCUGUGUCUUAAAGGGGUACUUCGCUGUUGACAAAAUGGGCUUUCAAUAAAUCUUUACUGCCUAUGCAGUAGAAAGGAGGAUUUUUUUUUUUUUUUUUUUUAAGGGGACCUAUUGUGACACUGUCACAUAAGACACGUGUUUUAACCGCUCAAUAUAUAUAACAUGAUGGUUUUUAUGUAUAUUUGAGUUUUAUUUGGGUUACAUGUUGUCUUAGCCAUUUUAUUCCUCUUACUUAUUUUAAUGUGUGUAUGUCUUUAAAUGUGUAUGGGUCUGCCUGUCAUGUGACUGAUCACAUGAUAGGAACCAGGAAGUAAGCCAACAUAAAGGAGGCAGCAUGGCAAACAAUCUCUCUCUCAUUACAAACAUACUAGCUGGACUGUGGAGUUACAUUUUAUGGACUUACCUUUCCAUCACUCUUCAUUGGAUUAUCACUUCUGUGGACUUUGUAUAUACACUGGUGGACACUUUCACAUUGGGACUUACAUCACGCUAGGAUUCUUAUGGACUGUUUUAGGGUAUGGUGCAAACGGACUCCACACUUUUAACAGCCUAAGUUAUUCUAGUUUUAUUGUGUUGUUUUAAGUUCCUUGUGAAUAUUGUAAAUACACCUUAUUUAUUAA